UCUCGCUCUCCCCUUCCCAGCGCACGCUUCUUUCCUCCUCGCUCGGCAGCUUAGAAAAGGAGCGCCCUCGCGACGCUCGGGCUCAUUGCCGUUGUAGAACGCGCGCUUGCCACAUCGUCGUCGCCGUGAGCCGUACGUUCUCCGGCACGCUCUUGCUUUUGGCGACAACCAACUUCCUGGAUUACUCUCGCGCGUCUCUACAACGCCGCUUCGUCGUGUGUUUUCUCAACUCGAGUGACAACCACGGCGCAAACCAGCAACAUGCCUGCCGACAGGGCACCGAGCAAGGCCAGCGAACUGCGACGGAGUACCAAGCCCAUCAUGGAAAAACGUCGCAGGGCCCGCAUAAACCACAGCCUGACUGAGCUGAAGAAUCUCAUCUUGGAUGCACUUAAGAAAGAUAACGCUCGGCACUCUAAACUGGAAAAGGCCGACAUCCUGGAAAUGACGGUCAAGCACCUCCAGCAGUUGCAGAGGCAGCAGGCCGCGCGCUCUAUCGUGUCCGACAAUUCGGUGGCCGACAAGUUCCGCGCCGGCUACCGAGAGUGCGCCGCCGAAGUCGGUCGCUACCUGGGACGCCUCGACGGCGUGGACGGCGCCGUCCGUCAGCGAGUGAUGGGUCACCUGGCCUCCAGGGUGUCCGAGCUGUCCACGCCUCCCCCGAGUCCCGGUAGCGAGGACGGCGGACACUUCUUUAACGCCUCCGCCGGAAGCGUUCAGCUGCUCCCCACCAGGUUACCCUCGGGCGAGAUCGCCUUCUUGCUGCCCCAGCCGUCUCAACUGUCCGUCUACGCCCCGGUCUCCCCGCCGGCCACGCCAGGUCUGGCCACGACUGCCGCCUCCUCGGGUAUUCUCAGCCCGGCCUGCAGCGAACGCUCAAUGUCUUCUUCCUCUUUGUCUUCGCCUCCGAGCCCUGUCUCGCCGUCUUCGUGCUCGUCUUCCUCGACCUUCUCUCACCACCACCAAAGCUUCGGUGGCGUCUACAUGCCAGCGACGCAAGCCGCUGUCAAAGUCGAAGAUGAAGCCGUCUGGAGGCCCUGGUGAAACACGGGAAGCAGAUUACGCACAACUGUUCAACGGUGUCGGCUUGGGUGUUCGGAUGAUUCCUUUUUUUUUUUUUCCGCUAUACUACCAUCUUGAAGUCAUCCACCGUAGCAUCUUACCAGUACACCGCGACAAAUUGCAUCAUGAUCUCCAAGGACAGUUCCUCUCCCCCUUCGUGUUUUUUUACACACGAAAACCACCACGUCGUCAAUGUCCUUCGUUGGAUCCAUCCCAGAAUUCUCCCGCAAGUGCCUUAAAAGAACUCUUGACCGUCUGCUAAUACGUCACUGUGUUCAAGUUGUUACCGCUAGCGUCCAUGGAAGCAUCGCUGUCAGACGCGUUAAGUUAUUUUAAAAACUACCACCUGUUAUCGCGAUGGAAAUGGCACGUAAGGACUGAUAAGGGCGGCAUCUCGUUUUUCUUUGUUAAUACUGUACAUAGUUAUCGGAGUCAGAUUGUUUACUAUAAAGUGCUCUUGUCAAUUCAUGCGCAGCAUGUCUCAUUAUGUGAAACUGCUUUUGUCAACGUAGUUUUGUAUUUCGACUGUGAUAUUUCGCUGCGAAAGGUUUUGGGCCGUCGGGCUGACGUGAUGUGUUCGAUCUGUUAACCUUUUUUUUUCGAUCGCCCGAUCGGUCUGCAGCUUCGCCACAAACCAACCCAUCUUCAGCUAUUCAUUCGCAGCUUCUCGGAGUUUGUGAAUAUAUUUAUUUUCUUUUUCUUGUACAAUUACGUUUGAAAAGAAAGAUGAAAAAAAAUUAUCAAAUUAUCCUCGCUCGGUUGUUUGACGCCGUCGAGGUUGAAUAAAAGAAAUGCUGUUUCAAACAUGA